UCAGUCUUUCGACUCAAGCUAUGGGAGUCAUUGCUAACGUUGUCGAGGGGAAACCUCUUAUUAUACAUCCAUGGGGGAAACAGAAAGGAGAUUUUUACAGCAAGAGAACAUUCAUACUCAGGUUGUAGGGGCCAAGAUUAGGUUUCAGCCGAUAUACUAACACUGUUGUUUAAGAAACGAUGUCGAAAACAGAGAGCAAUUCAGCUAAAGAGUUGACAGAAGCGAUGGAGGAAACAAUGCAAAGACUUCAGGGACGAUUCAAGGGAAUUUCUGAGCAGCUGGAGUCCAAACUAGAUGAGAUGGGAACGCGCAUCGACGACCUUGAGAGCGACGUGUCUGAGCUCAUGACGCAGGCUGGCAUGGAGGAGCAGGCCACUUCCUGUCAUGUGACCUCCAAAAACUGAGGGGCUUCCUGUUACCUUUUCCCACAGAUAUGUCACUUUAGUGGGGACACAUCACUUUACCUCUUAUCACUUUCAAAUGUAGCCAAAUGUAUGCUUUGCUGCUCACAAAUGUGUGUGUUUCACUCAGAACUAACACUAAUCACAGGCACAAUAUUUGUAAGUGUUAUGACAAGAAAACAAAACGAUUUUCUUUGUUUCAGUGCAGCAGGCCAAAAGGCUUUCAGGCACUUUGUAGACAUUUAUUUUCACUUGUAUGGUCAAUGUUUUCUAACCAAAACCUGCUGUGUUCCCUCAAGGCUUAUCAAUCACAUCAGAUGCAUUCGCUACCUCAGGCAAAGCUUUUAUUCAAAUAUUCAUCAAACUUGAACUUGUUCACUUGGUGUUUCUCGAUGUCGAGGAAGGCUCCUCCAGAGCCACUAUUUCAAGGAUGCUACGUCAUCGAGUCCUGCUGAAGGACUGUUCCAAUGUCCAGGAUCCUAGGAAUAGUGGCUCUGGAGCAGCUUACUCGACAUUGAGAAACACCCAUUAUCUCCAUGAAUAAGGUUGAAAUGCAUCUUAAAGUGAGCUAUCCAGUGGCCUUAAAACGGUGUGAAAGUGGUGACUUUUACCCAUAGAGUAAUGUGAUUUUUUGCAAUAUAUAUAUCAUUAUUUCAAUGCCUUUUAACUUAUCUUGAUUUCUGGGAGAAUACACUGUUUAUCACAUCUAUGCAAUUUAUUUCUAAGCAUUCAAAUAUAUCGUGUAAAGCACAAGUGUUUGAAUUAUCGUGUCUUCCUCUGUGUAACCGCCACUGUUUAAAGCACAUGGGGGCACUCCGUGUAUUCAUAUCAUCUAUGAAACCAAUGUUUGUGCUGUAAAUCACAACAAUGGAAAACCUUCUGGAAAGAACGACAUGUAUAUCAAGAACAUGUUAAACUCUUUAAAUAAAGACUUACUAUCAAUCUUGAGAA